UUUCUAAAUGAUUCAGCACUUUUAAUUUACACUUUGGAUUAUUGACCUAAGGGAGAAAUAUUGAUAAUUACUAGCAGAACUGGACAAUUCCUUUGCAACUUAAAUGGCCAAACUCAAAAAGUGAUAUUCAAGAGUCUUUAACUAACCUAUCAAAUGGUUUCUUCUGAAUAUACUGAAAAUAGUUGUUAAACUAUCCCGAAGGUGUCUUACCAGUUAAGUGAAAGUGAAACUGUAGAAAACACUCUUCCUGAAGACUUUAUGGCUGUAGACGUGUCAUAAGAGGGUCUGUAACAUGGCUGCUACAGCUUCGUUUCUUGAGGAGGAGCUCUGCUGUGCUGUUUGCUCAGACUUCUUCAAGGAUCCUGUUCUCCUAAAGUGCAGCCACAGCUUCUGUCGAGUCUGUCUGAAGAAGUUCUGGGAACAGAAGAGCUCUCGGGAGUGUCCAUUAUGCCGGAGGAAGUCCAUGGAUGAUCCUCCUCUAAACCUGAUUUUGAAAAACAUUGUAGAAAACCAUCUAAAACACAAGAAUGAGGCUCCAGAGAAGACUGAGGCUCCAGAGAAGAAUGAAUCUCACUGCAGUCUCCAUGGCGAAAAGCUUCUACUCUACUGUGUAGAAGACCAGGAGCCCAUCUGUGUGGUCUGUCAGACUGCAAGGAAACACAGAGACCACCAGCUCUGUCCACUGGAAGAAGCUGUAGAGGAUAAGAAGGAGGACCUAAGAGCUUCACUGAUUCCAUUAAAGGAAAAGCUGGAGAAGUUUACAAAACUUAAACAAGAGUCUGAGAAAACAGCCAAACACAUCAAGAGUCAGUCCCAGCACACUGAGAAGAAGAUAAAGGGGGAAUUUGAGGAACUUCAUCAGUUCCUGAGAGAGGAAGAGGAGGCCAGACUGACUGUACUGAGAGUGGAAGAGAAGGAGAAGAGCGAGAGGAUGAAGGAGAAGAUAGAGAACAUCUCCAAACAUGUCUCCACCCUGUCAGAGAAGAUCAGAGACAUUGAGAAGGCCACGGAUGCUGAGGACGUCUCCUUCCUGAAGACCGUCAGCGACACCAAAGAAAAAGCCCAGUGCUCACUGCAGGACCCAGAGCUGGCUUCAGGGGCACUGAUAGAUGUGGCCAAACACCUGGGAUCUCUGAAGUUCAGAGUCUGGGAGAAGAUGCUGGGGACUGUGCAGUACACUCCAGUGACUCUGGACCCAAACACUGCAGCCCCCUGGCUCUCAGUGUCUGAUGAUCUGACCAGUGUGAGAUACACUGGAGUUUAUCGCCAACUUCCUGACAACCCAGAGAGAUUCACUAACUUUGCAUUUCUGCUGGGAUCUGAGGGGUUUAACUCAGGAAAACACAGCUGGGAGGUGGAGGUGGGGGACAAACCUGAGUGGGAUGUAGGAGUAGCAGCAGAGUCUGUUAACAGGAAGGGGGGGAUUGCAUACUGGCCAGAGGAUGGAUUGCAGGUUAUGACUCUGAGGAAAGGUGAUGAGUAUGAAGCAUGUACCUCAACACCAACCCACCUGAGACUGAAGAGGAAACCGCAGAGGAUCAGAGUGCAGCUGGACUAUGACAGGGGGGAGGUGUCCUUCUUCAACCCCACUGACAUGUCACUCAUCUACACCUUUAAAGGCACAUUCACUGGGAGACUGUUUCCAUUCUUCUCUCCAUGUGUAAAUGAUGAUGGAAGCAACCCUGGACCCUUAAAGAUCUGCCCAGUAAAGGUGUCUGUGACAGUGAUGUGAUCCCAGUAAAGGUGCCUAUGACAGUGACAUCAUCCUUUCACGUGUCUCAUUGGAAGGCAGGACUGGAUAUGAUUACAAUCAAAGAAUUUCUGUGUACAAAUAAAGCUGCCUGAGCUCAUUAUCACAUGAUCUGGGCCCUCAGUAAUACACACCUGUAAUUAUAUGCUAAUUUUUACUUUGGGGCUAAUAAUUACUGACCUACAGCAAUGAGGUGAUUGGCUUUCUAAGCAUUCACAUUAAACCCUGUUUAAUAACCAUUA